AUGCAUGCGCUUCGUCAAGAAAUUCUUCCACCUAAUGGUGUGGAAUUCGCUGCAAGUUUGAAGUUGACGCCCUCGACUAUCGCCGACGACACUGUACCAACGCCUUCAACCUCUGCAGUACAAGACAACAUCACUUCUCGCGCUCUCUACAAUCUCGUGGUCGCACGUUCCAAUAUUCUACGCGUCUUCGAAGUCAAAGAGGAACCGGCGCCCAUCUCGGCUCAACUGGAUGACGAAAGGGAGCGGCGGUCCAAUGUGAGGAGAGGGACUGAAGCUGUGGAAGGAGAAGUGGAAAUGGAUGAGCAAGGGGAAGGCUUUGUGAACGUUGGCUCCCUUAAGGGCGCCACCCGCGCGCCAACUGUCAUUCGAUUCCACUUUCUUCGAGAGCACCGUCUUCACGGAACUAUUACGGGCUUGGAAGGCAUACGAAUCAUAUCUUCUCUGGAUGACAAGUUGGAUCGCCUCCUUGUUUCUUUCAAAGAAGCCAAAAUCGCACUGCUUGAAUGGUCUGAUACGGCACGCGGGCUUGUCACCGUAUCCAUUCACACAUAUGAAAGGGCCCCUCAGCUGCUAUCACUAGACUCUUCCCUAUUCACCGCCGAGCUGCGGUCUGACCCUGUUUCACGAUGUGCGGCCCUAAAACUUCCUCAAGACGCGCUCGCCAUCCUCCCGUUCUAUCAGACGCAGGCUGAGCUUGAUGUCAUGGAACAAGAUCAGACCCGUUCUAGGGAUGUGCCUUAUUCCUCGAGUUUUGUCUUAGACUUGGCGACUGACGUCGACGAGCGCAUUCGAAAUGUUGUCGACUUUGUUUUCCUCCCUGGGUUCAAUAAUCCCACAAUUGCCGUGCUCUUCCAACCGCAACAAACGUGGACGGGCCGUCUAAAAGAAUUCAAAGAUACUAUGACGCUCUUCAUUUUCACAUUAGACCUGAUAACCCGAACCUAUCCAGUCAUCGUGGCGGUCGACGGGCUGCCCUAUGACUGCAUGUCACUACUCCCAUGCUCGCCAAUGCUCGGAGGUGUGGUUGUGCUCACCAGCAACGCCAUUAUACAUGUCGAUCAGGCAUCCCGCCGAGUGGUUCUUCCCGUUAAUGGUUGGUCAUCACGCGUCAGUGACAUGCCUAUGCCUUCUCUCUCUCCGCAGGACCAGACACGCGACCUGCAAUUGGAAGGCUCGCGCUUGGUGUUUGUAGAUGAGAGGACAUUAUUCGUCAUCCUCAGGGAUGGCACGAUCUACCCUGUCGAGUUCUUCGUGGACGGUAAAGUCGUGUCGAGGCUUUCAAUGACAGCUGCGCUCGCUCAGACCACAAUACCGACUGUUGUAAAAUUGAUGGGCGAGCAUCUGUUCAUUGGAAGCACGGUCGGUCCUUCUGCUCUGCUUCGAACCGCAAAGGUCGAGGAAGACAUCAAAGAAGAGAUAGACGAAAAUGGCUUAACCUCGGCUCCUGCAGCCGUCGUUGAUGCUGCGAAUGCCAUGGAGAUCACUUAUGACUUCGCAACAGACAUAUACGGCUCCUCGUUGCAGGACCCUCAGCCCACUACCCUAGGCGGACUCAAUGAGACGGCUUCUACGGUGAAGAAGAGGACCGUCAUCCACCUGUCGCUAUGUGAUUACUUGCCUGGUUACGGGCCGAUCUCUGAUAUGGCUUUCUCAUUGGCAAAAAAUGGAGAUCGCCCUAUGCCAGAACUGGUAGCAGCAACAGGUUCAGGCGCCCUUGGGGGUUUUACCUUAUUCCAGCGCGACCUUCCUAUUCGAACGAAACGCAAACUACAUGCCAUUGGUGGCGCACGAGGGGUGUGGUCGAUCCCUGUCCGGCAGGCCGUCAAAGUCAAUGGUGUUUCAUAUGAGCGACCCAUCAACCAUUUCUAUGCAGACGAUGACUCCGUCAUCAUCAGCACCGAUGCAAAUCCAUCACCAGGACUCUCCCGGAUCGCGGCACGAUCACCGAAAAAUGACAUCACCAUCACGACGCGCAUACCAGGAACUACGAUCGGAGCAGGGCCCUUCUUCCAUGGGACCGCAAUCCUCCACGUGUUGACAAAUGCUAUCCGUGUACUCGAGCCAGAUGGUUCUGAGAGACAAAUUAUCAAGAAUAUGGACGGGAAUAACUACCGUCCGAAAAUCAAGUAUUGUAGCAUCUGCGACCCGUUUGUGCUUAUUCUCCGUGAAGACGAUACCAUCGGCUUGUUCAUCGUGGCAGAGGGUGGCAACAAGAUUAGGCGCAAAGACAUGUCACCAAUGGGCGAAAAGACAUCGCGUUAUAUCGCUGGGAGUUUCUUCACGGAUACUACUGCAUUAUUCCAGACGCACACCAAUGACAGCUCGAAUGGUUCAAACGAGCAGAUCACAACUUCCACUCUCCAAGCUGCAAUGAAUGCAGGGACAAAGAGCCAGUGGCUUGUCUUAUGCCGACCGCAGGGCGUGAUGGAGAUCUGGUCAUUGCCAAAACUGACUCUAGUAUUUUCGACAACAGCACUGGCUUCCCUUCAAAGUCUCCUCGUCGAUUCCUUUGACCCUCCCACGUUAUCACUCCCACAAGAUCCUCCCCGCAAACCGCAAGAGUUGGACGUUGACCAAAUCCUCAUUGCUCCCCUCGGAGAGACAUCACCUCGUCCGUACCUGCUGGUGUUUCUUCGAUCCGGUCAACUGGCCAUCUAUGAAGCUGUCCCGUCGGAAACGUCAACCGAUUGGCCGCCAGCAUCUCGAGCGGCAUCCUUAUCUGUUAAGUUCGUCAAGGUGCUCUCUCGAGCUUUCGAUAUCCAGCAUCACGAUGAACAAGAGAAAUCUGUCCUCGCAGAACAGAAGCGGAUAUCGCGCUCCCUUGUUCCCUUUGUCACUUCCCCCUCUCCCGAGAAUACCUUCUCCGGGGUAUUCCUUACAGGUGAUCGACCAUGUUGGAUCUUAUCCACGAAUAAGGGUGGCGUCAAGCUCCACCCAUCGGGGCAUGCAGUCGUUCACUCAUUCACAACAUGUUCCCUCUGGCAAUCGAAAGGAGAUUUCUUAUUAUAUACAGAAGAGGGCCCUAGCUUGCUUGAAUGGAUGCCUGGCCUCCGGUUAGAUAUGGAUCUACCCUAUCGAUAUGUUCCACGCGGAAGACCAUACACCAAUGUUCUGUUCGAUCCCGCAACAUGUUUGAUCAUCGCCGCGUCUUCGUUGCAAGCAUCAUUCACCUCCUUUGAUGAGGAUGGGAACCAGACAUGGGAGCCAGACGCUCCCAAUGUUUCGUACCCCCUGAUUGAUUGCUCUACCUUGGAGUUGCUGACUCCGGAUGGAUGGAUUAUUAUGGAUGGUUAUGAGUUCGCCUCAAACGAAUUUAUCAAUGCCAUCGAGUGUGUAAUGCUCGAGACCGAAAGUACGGAUUCGGGCACCAAGAAUUACAUCGCUGUCGGGACGACUAUCGAUCGCGGUGAAGACCUUGCAGUCAAAGGAGCAACUUAUAUCUUCGAGAUCGUUGAGGUUGUUCCAGAGCCUUCGUCCGGGCUCAAUCGUUCCUUUAAACUCCGAUUGCGAUGUCGAGACGAUGCCAAAGGGCCUGUUACAGCGCUUUGUGGUCUUGACGGGUAUCUCGUCUCCUCCAUGGGACAGAAGAUCUUCAUACGAGCCUUCGACCUGGAUGAGCGUCUUGUUGGAGUAGCGUUCUUGGACGUCGGGGUCUAUGUUACUUCUCUUCGGGCGCUCAAGAAUCUCAUUAUCAUCUCCGAUGCUGUCAAGAGCUUGUGGUUUGUUGCUUUCCAGGAGGAUCCAUACAAAUUAUCUAUCUUGUCGAAAGAUCCACAUCAGCACCAUGUUGUUUCUGCGGACUUCUUCUUCGCAGAUCAACAGUUGUCCAUUGUUUCCUGUGACGAGGAGGGUGUGAUCAGGAUAUAUGAAUAUAACCCUCAUGACCCUGAAUCCAAGAAUGGGCAGCACUUGUUGUGCAGAACUGAGUUCCACGGGCAGAUGGAGUAUCUGACGUCUCUGACUGUCGCUCGUCGAACAAAAGGAGAGGACAUGGCCACGCCUCAAGCCAAGCUCAUCUGUGGAGCUCCGAACGGCUCGCUGACUGCCCUGGUCCCGGUUGACGAGGCUACAUUCAAAAGACUACAUUUACUACAAGGCCAGCUUACGCGGAACAUGCAGCACACAGCUGGGCUCAAUCCAAAAGCUUUCCGUAUUGUACGGAAUGACUACGUCUCUAAGCCUUUGUCUAAAGGUAUCCUUGAUGGAAAUCUUCUUGCUUCGUUUGAAGAGCUUCCGAUUACUCGGCAAAACGAGAUAACUCGGCAGAUUGGGACGGAGCGAAGCAUAGUGUUACGAGAUCUGAGUUCGAUGGGUGGAGCCUGGUAAUGUGUCAAGCGUCGAGUACUUGUUAUUUUCCCCAGUGUUAUUCUAUGUAUACAGUAUCGAUAAUUUUGCGCUCUAUAUGACACGGUUGUUCGUGGCCCCUUUC